AUGACGAUAGGUCCUCUUUUUAUGUCAAUCGACGAGGAUUUCUCCGACCUUGAACUUUUGCAGUUCUUUCGUAUCCAAGGUCUCGACAAGUCUGGCAAUCAGAUUUUUCGCAUCGUCGGAAAGUACUUUCCCGCUCCAAUUGUGAGCGCAGAUCGUUUGAAGAGGUAUAUUGUUCAAAAGCUAUGCAGUGAAUUGCCUGAAGGGCCAUUCUCCAUUGUUUACAUGCAUAGUACUGUCCAGAAAGAGGAUAACUCCCCUGGGAUCACUAUCUUGAGGUGGAUUUAUGAAGACCUUCCUUCUGAUUUCAAAGACAGGCUUCAAUUUGUCUACUUUGUUCAUCCUGGGCUUCGCUCGCAGCUUGUAUUUGCUACCCUCGGGCGAUUCUUCCUAAGUGGAGGGUGAGUGAUUUUAUGAUUU